AUGACGGUCAAAUACAUCACUGGAGACUUGUUUCGCCAUAGUGCCCAAGCAGGUAAAGCCGUAGUAUUAGCACACGCAUGCAACACUGGGGGCAGCUGGGGAGGUGGAAUAGCUGCUAUUUUCAGAACCAAAUUCCCCCAAGCCAACUCAGACUAUUCCAACUAUUGCCACAACAACAAAAACCUACUAGGCAAAAGCCUACUUUUGAAAGCAGAUGACUUUGAUGAGUCCAAGAUCUAUAUUGCAUGUUUGUUUACUAGUGAUUUUAGUCAAACGCCAGAACAGAUUGCUUCGUACACUUAUAAAUCAUUGGAGGAUCUAGCAACACAAAUGAAAUCUGUCCCUGAUGUGGAACUGAACGGUGUUAAGAAAGUCGUUAAUAUGCCAAAGAUUAAUGCUGGGAUCUUUGGUGUUCCUUGGGAGUUAACGGAGGCUGAGUUGGAAAAAGUGAAGGAUUUAAGUUUUAAUGUAUAUGUUCUUUAA